AUGUCGCUCGAUAUCCACCCUUUCGACCCUCUCAAGCCCGACGAGAUAUCCAGGGCUGCCGAGAUUGUUCGGCCACAUUUCCCUGGUCGAGAUGUCAACUUCCGCGUCAUCACGCUGCGGGAGCCUCCCAAAGAGGAGAUGAUCCCCUUUCUGGAGAAGGAGCAUCGUAACCAGCCCAUCGGGAAAUUUCCCACACGAUGCGCCCGUGUCGAAGUUGUCCUAGAGAAUAAAGACGGUAAGCAUCAGCUCUUCGAGUUGCUCGUCGACCUCGAUGAGAACCGGGUCAAAGCCAAGCAGCACCUCCCUGGCAAGUAUUCGUAUAUCGACGCCGCCUACAUGCAAAAGGUCGGAGAGGCGUGCUUGGGCGAUGCUGGUGUCCAAGAGGAGAUUCGUCGCCUCCAACUGCCCGAAGGCGCUACAGUAGUUGUUGAGCCCUGGACGUAUGCCACGGACGGAAUGAAUGACGUGAAGCAACGUAUUAGCAUGUGUUGGUUUUACCUCCGCCUGGUGGAAAACCCUGAUGCAAACUACUAUGCCUAUCCCCUCGAUAUCUGCGCCGAAGUAUCGGAGCAUCUAAAGGUCCUCAAAGUUUACCGCUUACCAACUGCGCCCCACGAACGCAUCCACAACGAGCCUCGUCCCUUUGACAGGCGGAGGAUCCACUCACAAGCCGCCAGUGAAUACCACCCCGAACUUCGACCCAGCCCCAGGACCACCACCAAGCCUUACCAGGUCGUCCAGCCCGAGGGCCCCUCCUUCACGAUCCGCGGCAAUCAGCUCACCUGGGAGAAGUGGCACAUUCGCGUCGGCUUCAAUUACCGCGAGGGCCUGACCCUCCAUGACAUCCGCUAUGACGGACGCAGUCUCUUCUACCGUUUAUCUCUCGGGGAAAUGUUUGUCCCAUACGCUGAUCCCCGUGCUCCUUAUCCCCGUAAAGCCGCGUUCGACCUGGGAAAUGAUGGCGCGGGUGUCAACGCCAAUAACUUGCAGCUCGGCUGCGACUGUCUCGGCACCAUUAAGUACUUUGACGCUCACCACAACACGAGCGACGGACAACCCAUGAAGAUGCCCAACGUCAUCUGCUGCCACGAGCAGGAUGAUGGAAUCUUGUGGAAGCAUACCAACUUCCGAACCGGCAACGCUGUGGUGACCCGGUCCCGGAUUCUUGUUCUACAGACCAUCAUCACCGUUAGCAAUUACGAGUACAUCUUUGCCUUUCACUUUUGCCAAGACGCUUCCAUAUAUUACGAGGUGCGCGCAACGGGCAUCCUCUCUACCGCACCCACGCAGAUCGACCUUAAGGAGAAGACUCCCUACGGCACCAUUGUUGCGCCGGGCGUCUUGGCUCCUUACCACCAGCACCUCUUCUGCCUGCGUAUCGACCCUGCUCUGGAUGGACACAGUAACUCGCUGGCUGUCCAGGAGGCCAAGGCCAUGCCAUACGGCGACCCCUCUGUUCACAACCCAUUCGGCGUUGGCUACAUAACAGAGCAGAAGAUCAUCGAGCAAGAGGGUGGUUUCGAUCUAGACCAUACCAAGGACCGGGUAUUCAAGAUCAUCAACGAAAACAAGAUCAACCCUAUCACAGGCACACCAGUCGGAUUCAAGCUCAUGCCCGCCUACAGUCAGAUGCUUCUCGCCCAUCCCGAUUCUUUCCACGCCAAGAGGUCCGAGUUCGGCAAGCAUGCCGUCUGGGUUACCCGCUAUGAAGACGGCGACCACUUCCCCUCGGGGAAAUACACGAUGCACUCAGUCGGCGGUGAUGGGAUAGCAUCCAAGAUCAGCAGGCGCGAGGCUUCGGGCACCGCCCUUAGCGUGAGGAAUAGCGACAUUGUCAUCUGGCACACCUUUGGCCUGACGCACAACCCGCGAAUCGAGGACUGGCCUGUGAUGCCUAACGAUAAGUUGAUGGUUGGAUUAAAGCCUGUGAACUUUUUCCUGGGUAACCCGGGUCUGGAUGUUGCCGUGUCGACGCAGGAAAAGAAUAAGAGUGUCUUGUACAGUGAUGAGAAGCAGACUGAUCAGUGCUGCCGCUCGAGGAUUUAA